CAUGUUUUGUUUGGCAACAACACACGAUCGUUCCAACCACUGCUGAUAACUUCACAUCGUUAUAUUUUGUCAAGGGAAACAGAAGACCUCUCUCUCGUUCUCUUUUUAACUGCGCACCGUCUGGACAGCGACAGACAUGGUGGUCGGAUCCCGCUUUCCGGUAAUCCUGUGCCUGGCCCUGGCCGCCGUGCUGGGCUCGGUACUCGGGUUCGGCGAGGACAUCGAUCGGCCUCUCAUCGGGUCUCCGGGCUCUCCUAUCCGGCUGCAGGAGUCCGACCCCGGCCUCAAAAAGGCUCUGGAGUUCGCGGAGGAGCGCUACAACCAGGGCUCCAAUGCAAUGCUCCUGCGCAAAACCAGCCGGCUGCUCUCGGCCACCAAGCAGCUGGUUAAGGGAAUCCUCUAUUCAAUAACAGUGGAACUGAGUAACACCCAGUGCAAGAAAUCCACCGGGCUCAGGACAUGUGACUUCUAUCCCGAGUUGCACAAACUCAAGACGGAGGUGUGUGUGUUCGAGGUGUGGGACAUUCCCUGGCAGGAGGCUUCAACUCAGUUCAAACAGAAGUGCAAGCCUAAAGUUGAAACUCAACCAAAAGAAACCAACGAGGUCGUGGAGGCGUCCGCCAGCCAGCCUCUGCAGGAGUCUGUGGAGCUGUUGGGCCAGUUCAAAGAGUUCAUGGUGACGUACAACAAGGUGUACAGCAGCCAGGAGGAGGCAGAUCAUCGUCUGCGCGUCUUCCACGAGAACCUGAAGACCUCCGAGAAGCUCCAGUCUUUGGAUCAAGGCUCGGCUGAGUAUGGAGUCACCAAGUUCAGCGACCUAUCCGAGGAAGAGUUUCGCUCGACUUACCUCAACCCGCUGCUGAGCCAGUGGACUCUUCAUCGCCCGAUGAAACCGGCCCCUCGCGCCCGAGGCCCCGCCCCCGCCAGCUGGGAUUGGCGGGAGCACGGAGCCGUUAGUUCCGUGAAGAAUCAGGGUAUGUGUGGAUCCUGCUGGGCAUUUUCUGUCACAGGCAACAUUGAAGGCCAGUGGUUCCUGAAAAAUGGGACGCUGCUGUCCCUCUCUGAACAAGAGCUGAUGGACUGUGAUGGGCUGGACCAGGCGUGCAAAGGAGGACUGCCGGCCAACGCCUAUGAGUCCAUCGAGAAGCUGGGUGGUCUGGAGACGGAGAUCGACUACUCCUACACGGGGCAGAAGCAGAGGUGCGACUUCACCUCCAUGAAGGUGGCGGCCUACAUCAACAGCUCUGUGGAGCUGUCCAAAGACGAAACGGAAAUUGCAGCGUGGCUGGCUGAGAACGGACCGGUCUCCGUUGCACUGAACGCCUUCGCCAUGCAGUUCUACAGGAAGGGCGUGUCUCACCCUCUAAAGAUCUUCUGCAACCCCUGGUCGAUCGACCACGCCGUGCUGAUGGUGGGAUACGGAGAACUUAAAAGUAUCCCAUUCUGGGCCAUCAAAAACAGCUGGGGAGAGGAUUAUGGAGAGCAGGGUUAUUACUACCUGUACAGGGGGUCCAAUGCCUGUGGGAUCAACCAGAUGUGCUCGUCUGCUGUCGUCAACUUGAGAACUAACACCACAUACACACACGUAAACACACCAUCAUAGUUCAUGUAUUGGAUCCAGAAUGCAUAACGAUUGCAAUCAGACACACAUGAAUUCCUGCUGAUGAUCCUGUUAAACCAUCCCAAUGUUCCACCUUGUUACCUCACACCUUGUGUUACUAAAAACAUACCAACGUUCAUAAACUAACUUUGCUGAGUAAUUUUUUUAAAGUAAUUUUAAAGUAGAUCAUAUGUGCCCAUUUAUUGUCUUUAGCCCCGUCGGUCAUAAGGAUUGCUGUAUUUUAGGCAGUUUUUGGUUUUAAUUGAUCUUUCCUCAAAGUAUUUGAGUAUUUGUUUGAGCGUGCACUAAUUAAAGUUGGACUACUGUAUUUUGUGGCUUCUUGGAUGUUUUGUUAAUGGCGUCCAUGCUAAUGCUUUGUCGUAUUUGAGUGGGACUGUACCGAUCUGUAUUGAUCUGCACAUUUGGUCGGUACAUAACUGCAAAUUACUAAUAACAACUGCUGUAAGACAGUGAGAAAUAAGUGAAGGUUGAAUAAAGUGUGAAAUCCUAA